AUGGAAUCGAGCUCCGCGAUGGAUCCGACGCCAGGUUCUCGGAGUGCGGGAGCCAUGGCUGGACUUCGGCUAUCUAGACUAGACGUUGAUGUUCUUAUACCAGCAGCUGCACAUGGCCAUCGCCUCUUUCCGCCGCGUGACUCAAGUUUCCGAAAUUCGUCUUCUAAUUCCGUAUCAGCCGUCGUUUCGCCAUCUCGUGCGCCACCAUCCGCUUCCCGCUUCGCGCAUCUUCGCUCCAGCGAAUCCCAAGCUCGGUCCGUCACACUCGCAGGAGCAAGAAUCUCUUCAUUGCACUCGCAUCGUCGGUACCGGCUUCGUGCGCUGCCGGGAGGCUCGGAGUCGACAACAACUGUAGCGGAGGAGAAGGAGAAUGGCGUUGGGGUUAGAGCUUCCGAGGACCAGCAACGACCGAGCACUGACUCUGACCAAUCAGGCUCUCCUAAAGCAGAUGCUUCUCCAUCUCCCCCGCCUCCUCCUUCCAGUAUGAAGAGUCUCGACGCGUACUUUGAAAAGCUGAAUGAGCCUGCUGCAUCGCCUGCCGCCAGCGCGACUUCGUCAACGUCUACCGCCGCCGCUGAUACGAGCAGUUCGACGGAGAAGAAGAAAGUGACCAAGGACUUUCAAGCACUGAGCUCCUUAAAUUCGUACUUCGACAAGCUCAACGCUGGUAAAGAGAAGAAGUCGGACGCUGAUUCCAGCGCAGCACCAGCCGCCUCGCAAGCAUCCACAGCCCCCACAUCUUCAACAGCGCUGGCUGACGUCAGCAGCAAGCCCGCGGAGGCAGAGAAAACGGAGAAGGCAGGGAAGGCGGAGGAGAGCAGCGGAAGCAAGGAUCUGAAGGCGGAGGAGGUGGAGGAGCUUAUCAGGCGGAUUGUGGAGGACGUGGAGAAGAAGAAGGGCAGUGGCGCGCUUGACACCAAGGUGUCGGACCUGACUCUGGAUGCCAUCAUGGGUCCGCGCAACCUGCUGGACGACUGGAUCUCCGCCAGAGCGGCCGUCAGCGCUCCCACCGCCGUCUACACGCUAGUGGCAAUCAACAUCGCCGUGUUCCUGUUUGAGCUCGCCAGUCCCGAGGCGGUGCCAGGAGUGAUCACCACGUCGCUGCCAGCGCUGCUGGCCGCCAAGGUCAACCCGCUCAUCGAGGCCGGCGAGUGGUGGCGCCUCCUCACGCCCUCCCUCCUCCAUGCGGGCAUCAUCCAUCUGUCAGUGGGCACCUUCUUCCUGCUGGGCAUCGGCAGUGUGCUGGAGUUCGCCAUCGGCCCGCUGGGUCUGCUCGCAGUGUACCUCUCCUCCGGCCUCGCAGGCAACAUCGUUUCCUUCCUGCAGACGCCCGAUGUCACCGUUGGCGGCACGGGUCCGGUGUACGGGAUGGCAGCGGCGUAUGCAGCGUUUCUGAUAAAGAACCGGGAGGUGAUCGGCACGGAGACGGCGGACAGCAAUGUGCGCGAGUCGCUCAUCAUCGCUGCACUCUUUGCCCUCUUCGCCAACCCCCUGCCCAUUGACCCCUCCACACACGCUGGAGCAGCAUUAGCAGGCUAUCUUUUCGGUAGCAUUGCAGCUCCAUCCAUGCGCAAAGUGAAGAUAUCCAAUGAGGAGGCAGCCAAGCGGCAACAAGGGCUGCUCAACUCUCUUCUCAGCCAGCGGACAAAUGAGGAGUCAUAUGAGCUGGUGGUAGAACCAGCUGACUCCAAGAAGCUGGCUGCUGCUUUUGGGGCAUCGAUGGCACUUUCACUGGCGCUGUUUCAGUUGUCGCAAGGAAUUCCGUUGAGCUCAUCAUGGAACGAGGCGGAGCGACGAAGGCAUGUGCCUGUACAGUCCGCCAUGGAGGCCAUGGAAGAGGCGACUUUCACGCCUCGUUACAAGUCGUGGGAAGCUCAGAGCUUCUUAAAGGAGAAUUUCCCUCGCAUGCCGCAGGUUCCCUCGCGGCCACUUGUACCUAGCGACAGGGCUGAUGAUUUGUCGCUGCGCAACCCGUUGAGAAGACUGGAGCGCAUGGGAUGCGGAUGGCUGGCCGUCCUGUUGGAGUGGGAGGGGGUGGUUAUCGAAGACGAUUCUGUUUUUGAACGCCAGGCGUGGAUAGCUCUUGCGGAAGAGGAAGGGCGACCGCAGCCUCCCGUUUGGGUUCUUAAGAGGGCAGAAGGCAUGAAGAACGAGCAGGUUAUUCGCGAGGUGCUCUGCUGGUCGCGCGACUUUAUGACUGUACGGAGAUUGUCGCAGAGAAAAGAAGAGCUGUAUGAACAGUUUCAGGGAGGUUGCUACAGGCUUCUUCCCGGCUCCAGAGAAUUUCUGGAAACUUUGAAGCGGUGCAAGAUCCCCGUGGCGAUUGUGUCGACUCGUCCGGCGAGAUACUUGGAGCGAGCUGUUGAAGCUGUAGGCAUGGAAGGUUUCUUCGAUGCUGUCAUUUCUGCGGAUGACGUGCAGAGAGGAAAGCCAGAUCCUGAGAUGUACCAGUAUGCGGCACAGCGACUGCAGUUUAUUCCCGAGCGUUGCAUCGUCAUCGGGAGCUCCAACUCCACCAUAGAAGCGGCCCACGAUGCGUACAUGAAGGUUGUUACCGUUGCAGGAAGGCACCCAGUGUAUGAGCUGGGUGCUGCGGAUCUGGUGGUUCGCAAGCUGGACAUGCUAUCCGUGGUCGACCUCAAGAACCUGGCAGAUCUAGAUUCGCCGGAAUUCACUCCGCCGCCUGAGCUAGAGCCGGAAUUAGAGCCGGAAACCAAGAGAACUGGCGUUGGCACCCUGUGA